AUGGUGAUGUUGCACUGCUGUUCAGAAACAAUGUUUGAAACCUUCAUUCUGGUUGUGUAUACACAAGGGUUAGAAGAAGUCUUUAUGUAUCUUGUUGGGAAGCCAUAUACUGGUGGCUCUCAGGCCAACAUCUCCAUAGCUUCCAUGACUGUUGCACAUUCUGGUACCUACAGAUGUUACAGUUCUCCCAGUCAACAUACCCAUGUGUGGUCAGAGUCAAGUGACCCUCUGGACAUGAUCGUCACAGGAGCCUUACCAAAGCCUAUCAUCAAAGCUGACCCAGGCACUCUGAUCUAUAGGGGAACACAAGUGUCUAUCUCAUGUAAGGGGAUUUCAGAUACAUGGAAGUACCUUCUUUAUAUUCAGAAAUUUGAACAUGCCCAGCCCAAGCACAUACAAACCUCAACAAACCAUGGGGAAAAAGCUGUGUUCCACAUAGGCUUGGUUGGAAAGCAUGACGGAGGCCAAUAUUCCUGUUUCUAUGAGACUGGAGAUGGCUGGUCAGUGUGCAGUGACAAAUUGGAGCUGGUAGUGACAGGAUUCUUUGAGAAUAAACCCAGCCUAUCAGCCUUACCCAGACCUAUGGUGACAUCAGGAGAGAGUGUGACCCUCAAGUGUUUCUCACAAGAGGAAUAUGACAGAUUCAUUGUGACCAAAAAAGGAGAACAGAAGCACUUCAUGAUCAUGAAGUCACAGAAGACAUAUUUUGGACAGUUCCAGGCCCUGUUUUCUGUGGGUACUGUGACUCUGAACAGUAGUGGAACAUUCAACUGUUAUGGGUACUACAAGGCAAACCCACAGGUUUGGUCAGAACCCAGUGACCACCUGGAAAUAAAUGUCUCAGGAUCACCUGUGACCAUCAGUCCAUCACAGAACAUGUCCAAACCUAAGACAGUCUUAGAGACCCAGGAUCACACAGUAGAAAAUCUCAUCAGGAUGGCGAUGGCUGGUUUGGUCUUCAUAAUCCUUGGAAUUCUACUGUUUGAAGCUUGGUACAACCAGAGACAGACCCACCAUGCACCUGGGAGGUAA